AUGAAUAAUAUAAAUAGCCAUGGAAAUAUUUCUAAAAUAGAUUCAGGACAAAUAAGUUCUAUUGAUAUUGAUGAAAGUAUUUUUAUUAAUAGAAAAUCUUAUCCAGUGAAUGAGUUAUACGAAGAUGAAAAUAAAAAGGGAAACAAUCAAAUAGAGAAUUUUAAAUCAUAUAAAGAAAUGUAUGAAGAAAGUAUAAAAAAUCCAGAAUUGUUUUGGGGGAAUAUAGGGAGAACUAGUUUAAGAUGGUUUAAGUUAUUUACUAAAGUUUAUUCAGGUGAUUUUAGAAAGGGAAAUGUAAGUUGGUUUGUUAAUGGGAAGAUAAAUGCUUGUGAAAAUUGUGUUGAUAGAUGGGCCGAGAUACAUCCCAAUAAAACAGCUAUUAUAUGGGAAAAGGAUAAUCCAAAUGAAUAUAAAAAAAUAAGUUAUCAAAAGUUGUUAGAGAAUACUUGUAGAGUUGCAAACUUAUUAAAAAUAUAUGGUGUUAAAAAACAAGAUACUGUAACUAUUUAUUUACCUAUGAUUCCAGAAUUAGUUUAUAGUAUGUUAGCAUGUGCUCGAUUAGGUGCUAUACAUAAUGUUGUUUUCGCUGGGUAUUCAGCAGGUAGCUUAAGUGAUAGAAUUAUUGAUUCUAAAUCGAAAAUUUUAAUUACCUGUGAUUUUGGUUUAAGGGGAGGUAAAUUAACAAAAUUAAAGAAAAUUGCUGAUGCUGCUAUGGAUUUAUGUGGAACUAUAGAGAAGUGUAUUGUUUUUAAAAAUAAAAUGAAAAUAAAUGAAAGCAAUAUAUACCUGAAAACUCCAAUGCAAAAUCAAUUUUAUCAUUCAGCUAGUAUUGAUUCCCAAAAUAUUAAAGAUUCUAUCAAGAUAUCUGGUAGCAGUUCAAAAAUAAAAAACAAUGGAUCCGAUAUAAAUGAAAAUGUGUCUGAUCAAAUAAAUAAUAAUAGUUUGAAUAUUAUCUCAAAAAGUGAGACGAGUGAAAAAAGUUAUAUGGACAUUUAUGCAAUGAAUAAUAAGACUCCAGAUAAAACUAUUUUAAAACCAAAUAGUAUAUGUAGUAAAACUUUAUAUCCACAAAACGUGUGCACUAAAGCAGACAAUACAAGUUUUAGAAUCCAUGAAAAUGGAAAAACAAAUAAUAGUGGUGACAUAAUAAAUAAUGGAGAAGAAUUAUGUAGUUAUAAUAAUGACAUAAAAUGUAAAAGUAUUGCAUCUCCGAAGUACCAAGAUAUGGAAGAAAAACAAUUUCAAAAUAAAACAAUGGAAAAUAUUCCUAGUAAUUUUGAUGAAAAUAUUUGUACCUUAAAAGAAGGUCGUGAUGUAGAUGGAUCAUCAUUAAUGAAGAAUAUGAGACCUUAUUGUCCUAUUGAAUAUGUAGAUAGUGAAGAUUUUCUUUGUUUGUUAUAUACAUCUGGUUCUACAGGAAAACCCAAAGGUGUAGCACAUACAACUUCUGGUUAUUUAUUGUAUGCUUAUACAACUUGUAAAUAUAUUUUUGAUGUAACUGAAAAUGAUAUAUUUGGAUGUGUUGCUGAUAUUGGAUGGGUUACUGGACAUAGUUAUGUUUUAUAUGGACCAUUAUUAAAUGGAAUUACUACUGUUUUAUUUUCAUCUAUACCUACAUAUCCAGAUUGUGGUAGAUAUUGGAAUAUGAUAGAAACUCAUAAAGUAACGCAAUUCUAUACAGCUCCCACUGCUCUUAGGGCUCUUAUGAAACAUGGAGAUCACUGGGUAGAAAAUUAUGACUUAUCUUCUUGUAGAAUUUUAGGAAGUGUAGGAGAACCUAUUAAUCCAGAAACUUGGAGAUGGUACUAUAAUGUAGUUGGAAAAAAAAAAUGUGUUAUUGUUGAUACAUAUUGGCAAACCGAAACAGGUGGAAUUGUUAUUGCACCAAUACCCAAUUUAUUUAAAUUAAAACCAGGAUGUGCUACUCUUCCUUUUUUUGGAGUUGAAUUAGAAAUUUUAGAUUCAAAAACUUUAAAUCCAUUAAAAGGUCCAAAUGUUUGUGGGUUAUUAUGCAUAAAAAGUCCAUGGCCGGGAAUGUUAAGAACAGUUUAUGGAAAUCAUAAUAGGCUAAUUAAAACUUAUUUUGCAACAUGUCCUAAUUACUAUUUUACCGGGGAUGGUGCAUAUAGGGAUGAAGAUGGUUAUUAUUGGAUUUCUGGUAGAAUAGAUGAUACUUUAAAUGUUUCAGGGCAUAGGUUAGGAGCUGCUGAGAUCGAACAUGCAUUAGUUCAACAUUUUUAUAUCGCUGAGGCAGCUGUUGUUUCCUUUUUUCAUAAAGUGAAGGGAGAAGGAAUUUUAUGUUUUGUUGUUAAAAAAAAAGGAGACUUAAAAAAUUAUGGAAAGGUUACUAAUGAGAAGAAUGUCAUUUUAUCUUCCACACAUAAUAUAGAAGAUCUGGAAGAUUUUAAAAAAACAUAUACUGAUGAAAAAUUAAUAGAAGAAUUAAAGUUACAGGUUAGACAAGUCAUAGGACCUAUUGCUACUCCAGAUCUUAUUUGUAUUGUCCCUGAUUUACCUAAAACAAGAAGUGGAAAAAUAAUUAGGAGAAUACUUAGAUGCAUAGCUAACGGCUUGAAUGAUUAUGGGGAUAUAACUACUGUUGCUAAUUAUGAAAUUAUUGAUGUUAUUAACAAUAAAUUUAAUGAAUGUAAAGAAAAUUUUCAUUUUACAAUAUAA